AUGGCUUCUUUUCAAAAGGCGCUUGAAAAUCUCAAUGAAGGUACUGUAUGCAUCUGUGUCUGUGUCAGCCUUUGGUUGCUGUUGAUCGCUGCUAGAAUGGACAAUAUCUUAAUGAUCCCUUAUUGGGCAAUAUUUCUACCACUUUGGUUAUGGAAAACGAUUGUUUUUGUUGGUUGGUUAGUUGGUUUAAUAGUUUGGUGUAAGCAUUGGAGAAUUCAUGUCGAUGAUUUAGACCGUAGUUCUUUUGUUGUUAAUGAAGAUCCUGCUUUACCUUAUAUUCAAGCAAUGUCUGUAUCAGCAUUUUUCCAUUUUCUUAUCAUGUGUUCUGAAGUGUUGUUAUGCAUUCAUCUCUCAGUUGCAUCAUCUAAUCUUACCUACCUGACUAUUUUGUCACCAUUGUUAGUUGUAGGCACUUUAGGAGUGUUCGGAUUUCUUUUUGUUAUGAUCGACUCAAGAGCGACGUUCUCAGCAAAUUCACGACGUCGAAGACAGCAUCAAACAAGGUCUUUAACCAAUAACACUAAUAAUAACAAUAGUCCAGAUCCUUUUGUUGUUAUGCCACGUUCACGUCAUGUAUGCUCUUUUACACUGGAAUUGUGCAUUGCUGCUAAUCUGCUACAACUUCUUUUUUUGAUUGCUCGACUUGACAGUUGGAUUCGUUCUAACUGGAUUGUUACCUUUAUUCCCUCGUUCAUCUUGUUAGCGAUGGGGUUUUUAUUUUGUUUAGCAGGACUAACUGUUGCACUGAUUACAUAUUUUACAGCUUUUUUUAUUCCUGUAGCUCAACGCAGAUUAUCUGUAUGUUAUUAUGCUUCACAUUUAUUAGUAGUUAUUUUCCUGUGUACUUCACUGAUACUGUUAGGCUUAAGACUUGAUGGUUAUCUUUCUGCUUCAAAAGGCAGUGCAUUAUUAAUGUGUAUUCCUGUAUUAGUCAGUAUGUUCUUGUAUGCUUCAUUAUCAUCUGGUCCUGGAAAUCCGUGGUGGUUUGGAUUGAACCGUAAUGUACUCCUUGCAAUAUUUGAAUCUUGUCCAACCUUACAACUUUGUGCCAAUAAUCGUAUUAGUAAAACUGGUUUAUGGAGAAUAUCUCGAUAUCAUGGGCAUAAUGGUGAUGUGAAUAAUACAACCACAGCAACAACAACGACAACAGUGAAUUCCUAUCACUCGAAUGCACCAGAUGUUCAGUUCGUUACUCCUUCACCGCCUAUUAUUCUCAAUCCAUCUAAUAAUUCCGAGGUUUCUUCUAAUCCGCACAAUAUAAAAACUUGUCCAAAUUGUACAAUUGGUUGUUGUAGUUGGUGUUCAACAAAUAACCCGAAGAAUAUCAACUGGCCAAAUGCUAGCCUUACAACAGAUGCUUCUCAUUUUCACAAUUCCUAUUAUCAUUCAGAGCGUCUACUUCAUCCUGAUUAG